GUCAACGUCAGUUGGUCACGUCAACAAACAAAACGUCAAAAUUGACAAAACACGGAUUCUUUUGCAAGCCCUCAGGCGAAGUAGUUCAAAACAAUACGCGAGCCGAUAUGUGGACCUAAAUAUUCUAUUUUAUUAGAAGAUUUUUGCAGUCAAAAUUAUUUUAAUGUAAUAUACAAUAUGGGUACCACAGGGCAGUCUAUCACGUUAGCAAAUAGCAUUAUCGGUGUCGGAAUAUUGGCUAUGCCAUUCUGCUUUCAACAAUGUGGUGUGUUGUUAGCUACCUCAAUCUUAGUGUUUAUGGGACUGAUCUCAAGAUUAUGCUGUUAUUUCCUAUUGAAAUCUGCUCUACUUGCAAGAAGAAGAAAUUUUGAAUUUUUAGCAUUCCAUGUAUUUGGCCAAGCUGGAAAGAUUGCAGUGGAAGUGGGAAUCAUUGGUUUCCUCAUGGGAACCUGUAUAGCUUACUUUGUUGUUGUUGGUGAUCUAGGACCACAGAUUAUCGCAAAAAUGUUCAACAUAAACCAAAGUGACAUAUUGAGAACAUCAAUAAUGGUGAUUGUGUCACUGGUGUGUGUUCUUCCACUGGGGCUACUAAGAAAUGUGGACAGUCUGAGUAAUGUUAGCGCGGCCACUAUCGCUUUCUACUUCUGUCUUGUUAUGAAGGUAAUAUUUGAGGCUGGUUUCGUUAUGAUGUCCAGUGACUGGGCAUCACGCGUGGAGAUGUGGCGACCGGCUGGCUUGUUGCAAUGCGUGCCAAUUUUCUCCAUGGCACUCUUCUGUCAAACGCAACUUUUCGAGAUAUUCGAAUCCCUGCCCAGCUUGUCGCUAGAGAAGAUGAACGUAGUCACCAAGAAUGCUAUCAACAUCUGCACCGCGGUGUACUUUACUCUGGGAGUCUUCGGAUAUGUGGCUUUUGCGUCACAUGACAUAUCUGGUAACAUCCUAAUGAGCCUGAGUCCGACGAUGGCGAGUGACGUCAUCAAGCUCGGGUUCGUCAUGUCGCUGGCGUUCAGUUUCCCGCUCAUCAUCUUCCCUUGCAGAGCCAGUCUCUACUCGUUCUUAUAUAAAAAGGUACACUCGUCCCACCACGAUCACAUAAUCAACCACUCGAUCCCCGAAGCCACGUUCCGGUGCAUCACUGUCGGCAUUAUAGGCGUCGCUCUCUUCAUCAGCCUGCUAAUCCCGAACAUUGAGUUGGUCCUCGGCCUGGUCGGGUCCACAAUAGGCGUCCUUAUAUGCGUCGUGUUUCCCGCCGCCUGCUUUGUCAAUGUCACCUUUAAGAAUACUAACGAAAGAGUCUUGGCUAAGGGCGUCCUGGUCCUAGGUCUUGUGAUAAUGGUCCUGGGUACUUACGCCAACCUGCAAGCCGCUGAGACAAGCAUCGAGCGGUAUGACGACAAAUACACGCAAGAGAAGAUCGACAAGAUCGUCGAGGACUUCUUCGAGAGCAGGGUUAAACAAGAUAUGUAUUUAAAUCAACCACAAAAUGAUUUACAAAAGGAAGUUGAGAACAAUAUAGCAAUAGAUAAUGGCGUAAGAAAAGAUUCAGAAGUUCAACCACCUAACCCCGUCCCACCAGAAUCUCAGUCUAACGAGAAAAUUAUACAUUCAAAGAACAUUUUAAAAACAGAAGAGAAAAAACCACCACCAUUACCGGAACCAAAAGAAGUUAUAGACAAAGUAUCAGAAACACAUCCAAGGAAUCUAAAAAAUAAACUAGAACAAGCCAAUGGUGCAAGCAACGGAGAAGCAAAACCUAAGGAAGUCAAAACACAAUCAAACGAAGACAAAAUAGAUAUAAUGAAACAACAACAACUCAUAGAAACAAUCAAACAACACGGCGAAGAACAGAAAGAAUUAAUUAAAGAACAAAAGGAAAUUCUAGACGAAAUAUUGAAGACAAAGAAGGAAUUGCAGCAGAAUAAGAACGAAGCUGAGGAAGCUAAAGCUAAGAAAAUAGCCGUUGAAAGUAUUAAACAGAUUGCAGAUAUAGCCAUCAAGAGUAUUGGCGGUGUAACGGAAAAGCCUGAUGUUGUUCAAGAUGAUGUUAAAGUUGAACGCUUGGAGAAAAUGACUAAUGACGCUGUACAAGAGAUAGCUAAAAAAGCUGUGGAAACUAUAGAAGCUAUACAAGAGAUUAAGGAGAAACCUGAACAACCUGCACAGGCAGUAGAAAGCAAACCAGCACAGGAUAUAGUAGAUAAUCGGCCUGCACAAGCUGUCGAAAACAACCCUCCACAACAAGUAAACGGUGAAGCAAACCCUGCACAAAAUGUACAACCAAGUCAAAACCAACCACAAGCCCCUGCAGAUCCACCAGUUUUAAAUGCUAUACCGCCUUUGGUUAACGGCAAAGUAGAACAACCAAUUGCAGCUGCUAAUGAUGUACCACAAGUAAACAAACUAGUUCAAAAUAAUGGAGCAGCUGUACCAAGUAACGUUGCACCAGUAAAUCAAGUCAAACGAGAUAUCAAUGAAGCGAAUAACGCACAAAUGGCAAACAAUAUAGUCGAUAGUAAGGUUCAAAUUCCUGAAGCAGAAGCUAAACAUUCUCACUCUCCAGACGAACCACAAUCGUAUAAGCAAGGCGAAGACACACAGGGUAAAGCAGAGAAACGAAUUGUACAAAAAUUGCCUCCACCUAUAGUUAAUGAGCUAGCUCAUAAUAAAAUUAAGAUAGAUAGAAAACCUUUGGCUCAAGUUGAUAAUAUCAAAGUGAUGGCAGCCCAGAGUAAUGGCGUCAAUUCAAAAGAUGAAGCGAAUGGGAAACCAGCGCUGGUUAGACCAAAAAGAGAAGUGGUAGAUUGUACGAAAACUAUUUCUUUGAAGCCAGAAGAUAGAGCGAUUUGCAACGCUAUGGCUGUAAGCAAAGAGUCGCAAGAGAUUCUUAAAAGUGUUGAUAUGAAUGAGAUAGCGUUGCCUAAGUCUUUACCAGAAGACGCAAAUUUAUUACACCACAUACGAUCUCUAAAAAGUUUUGAAAAGGAUGACAGGUAAACGGUUAUUUUCCUAAGUUGGUUUUUAUAUGCGAUGCAUUUAUUUGUCGGUACGUUUUACUAAUUUGUAUUCCUCAUAUAAAUUCUUUAUAUGUCUUUAAGAUAAAGAUGUAAGGCCGAUUAAGAUCGUUUUCGAAAUUUUUGAGUAUUAUUGCCAU